CUUUGAGACGUUUCGAAGACGCGAUGAGGCGACGUAUCAAAUGAAAGGAUUCUUCUUGGCAUAAGUAUAACCAAUGCUGGACUACAACUCCCAGAAUACGUUCGACAACCAUCUGAAAUCUACAUAGCUCAAAAAUACACACACACACACACACACACCAUACACACAUACACACACACACACCAGUCUGUCACUUUACAGCUGCUGAGCUCCCAGCAUGGCAGGAGACAUCAGCUAGCAAAACCUCCUGCACCAUUCAUACAUCAGCAUAUUUUUUAUUACACGCACACACAUAUAUACACACACACACACAUAUAUAUAUAUAUUAAAAAGAGAUUUUUUUUUAAAACUUAACCAAAAUUAACUCUGCAAGAAACAAAUCAGGAACUUGUAAAUUACCUUGAAAAGGAGAAUUACACCCCCACUACCACCAAACCCCACCACCCAAAAAAGAAUAAUAAUAAUAAGUCGUGAUGGAGGAGGCUGCCCACUUUUUUGAAGGUACUGAGAAACUGCUUGAGCUGUGGUUCUCACGCAAAGACGAGAAGAGAGGAACAGAAGACCUUCGCACUAUCCCCAGGUUUGAAUGGGACAAGCUGCUGAAGAACGUGCACUGUUUGAUCAUCAGCGUGACAAGAACAGACUGGCAAGAUGCAUACGUGCUCAGCGAGAGCAGCAUGUUUGUCUCUAAGCGACGUUACAUUCUGAAGACAUGCGGGACCACCCUCUUACUGCAAGCGAUGGGACCCCUUCUGGAACUCGCGCAGAAAUACUGUGGCUUUGACACCAUUGAGGAUAUCUUUUAUUCUCGGAAAAACUUUAUCAAACCAAGAAGCCAGGAAUUCCCUCACAGGAGCUUUGAGGAGGAAGUGGAGUUUCUGGACAAGUUGUUUCCAAAUGGCGUGGCUUACUGUAUGGGACGCAUUAAUUCAGAUUGCUGGUAUCUGUACACACUGGAUGUCAACGAGGGCUGUGGCAUCCGACAGCCUGACCAAACUCUGGAAAUCUUAAUGAAGCAGCUGGACCCUGACGUCAUGACCCAAUUCUUCCUGAAAGACGGUGUUAUUGCUGAUGAUGUCACUCAGAUGAGCGGAAUAUGUAACCUGAUCCCAGGCUCGGUUAUUGAUGCCACGAUGUUUGAUCCAUGCGGCUAUUCAAUGAACGGAUUGAAAGCAGAUGGAACAUAUUGGACCAUUCACAUCACCCCAGAGCCUGACUUCUCCUAUGUCAGCUUCGAGACUAACCUCGCCUUGAAUUCCUUCACUGAACUGAUUAGCGAGGUUGUGGACAUCUUCAAGCCUGGAGCGUUUGUAACAACUCUGUUUGCUAAUCAGAGUUCGAAAUGUCACAUCUCCUGCUCGCCACCUCCCGAAGUGGAUGGAUUCAAGCGCAAGGACUUGCAGUACGCUCAGUUCAACAACUACAGCUUUGUGUUCGCCAGCUACAUCAAGCAUUCUGGCUUGCAGCAGAGGAGAGAACACGCGGAUGAGAGGAAUGAAGCGUGAAUCAGCGCGUCGAUUACAUUCAUUUUUUGUCACAGCUGGAAUGUCAGAUGAGUCACAACUCGGGUGAAGUAGCAGUUGUUGUUUUUGCUGACGUUCACCAGGGCCUGAAAUCCCUCAUUUUCCUCAGACGAAAAGGCAGAGAGGAGUUUUCGCAAAACACUCUUGGAUUCACUUUCCACUUGGAAUCUGAUUUUCCUCCAGCG